AUGCUACUUUCACUCGCAGAAUCAUCUGAUGUCCCCAUAAUAUGCCCCGAUUCAGUGCGGCGCCUGCUUUCAGAAGCAGCAGCAGAAGAAAGCCUGCUGCAGCGUCAGCCUACAGCUGCAGCAGCAACCGCAGGUCUAGACGGGGACGUACAGCUGGAUGACAUUUCCCUCGCUAGCCUCCCCCUGCGGCACAGAGAAGCCUACAGCCGGUUGGCCAGCCGACUAGCAGAGUGUUGCUCUGCAUGGGGUUGCUCUGCUGCUGCUGUCCACUGCUGCGGCGCGGCUGCGCGGCUAUUGGGGCGUGCUGUGGCCGAAAGGAUUCCUCCGAAGCCAAAGGGGGCAUCGAUUGCUGCGGCUGCUGCUGCUGGUGAACAGCGAGAGAGGGAGGUGUUGCUGCUAAUUGUGGACAGGCUACAGGACCUGCAGUCCCCUUUGGCCCCUGGCAGCCUCCUAUCACCUUCAGCUCCAUCGGAUGGGGGUGAAUGGACUCUACAGCAGCUUAAGGUGCUGCAGCAGCACAAGCAACGACAAGAGCAGCCACAGCAACCGCAGCUAGUUGACCCCUCUGCUGUCCCAAGUCAGCUCAUUGACUCCACAGGCGUGAGACGGCCGUACACAGUAACUUGGGACCCCCUCAGACCGUACUGUAACUCAAAGGGGCUCUUCAAAAAUUUACAAGAACAGUAA